UGACCUUGCUGCAUUCCCGUGGCCAAGCUCCCUGCCUUCUUCCAUUCCAUACUCCAAACUCCCAACUCCCACGACCGCACAAUACUCCUUCUCACGCCCGCUCUACGUCUCAUAAGAAUUUGAUAUCGUGCAAGUCUGUACUCUGUUCGCAAUUCUAUCGCGAGGAGACCUCCGUCAGCUUUCGCAUUUUGACCUAGUGAAUAGGCUCGUCUCUGUUGACGCCGCAUAAGGUUCCAAAACUAUCCAAGUCCAAGUUUUCGCCUGCCCUUUGUUCCCACGCGAACCUGUCAGGGGCAAAGCAGUCGAGCACAGCACCCUCCCACACAAAUUCCCACGGAAUACCAUCCCGCCUCUACACAGCCAUGAAACCAAUAUUCGUCCUCGUCCUGGUGGUGGGCAUGCUGUUGACCGGCACUGUCAAUACAAUCCUCAACAAACUCCAAGACAACACCUGCGUGGAGAACUGCGAUGACCCGGAUCCGAAAAGGCGACACCUGUUCGAACAGCCGCUAUGGCAGACAGUGAACAUGUUCUUGGGUGAAUCUCUCUGCCUUAUUGUCUACUACGUGGGAGUGUGGAGGGAGAACAAGCGGAUCGCGAGGGAGGCCGAAGCGGCAGCUGCUGGAGCGGCCGGGGUUGCAGUGGUCCACCCCGAUUCCCCCGGCGUCGCGACAGCCGACGACGUCGCAGGCGAAGAGACAUCCCCCCUCAUCCCCCCAACAUUCGUCGCGCACACACCUCAGCCCAUGACAGGCUACUACAAUUUCCUUCUCUGGCUCCCCACGCUCUGCGACAUGAUCGCAACAACCCUCAUGAACGUUGGUCUGAUCCACAUCUCCGCCUCCGUGUACCAAAUGCUCCGCGGCUCCGUCGUCCUCUUCACGGGCACCCUCUCCGUCCUCUUUCUCAACCGCCGCCACCCGCUUUACCGAUGGUUCGCCCUCGUCAUGGUCUUCCUCGGCGUCGCCACCGUCGGGAUGAGCAGCAUCGUCGAGCACGCAUCAUCCCCACCCCCAGCUGACUCCCACAACGACGCGGAGCAUCCAUACCUUAUGGGCACAAAACCAAGCACAUGGUCCAUCAUCGGCGUCCUCCUCGUCAUCCUCGCCCAAACCUUCACCGCCCUCCAAUUCGUCAUCGAGGAAAAAAUCAUGUCCCACUUCCACCUCCCCGCCAUGAAAGCCGUCGGGCUCGAGGGAAUCUUCGGGCUCAUCACCACGGGCACACUCAUGCCCGUCCUGUAUUUCACUGUGGGAAAGGACACGGGCAACUUUUUUGACUUGCCGGUGGGGUUUAGCCAGUUGUUUGGGUUCAGUCAGGUUUUCUGGGCGGGUGUGGGGAUCACGUUUUCGAUUGCGAGUUUCAAUUGGUUUGGGUUGAGUGUUACGAGGAGUAUCAGCGCGACUAGUCGGAGUACGAUCGAUACUUGCAGAACACUCUUCAUCUGGAUAAUAUCCCUCUCCCUCGGCUGGGAACACUUCCGAUGGCUCCAAGUUCUUGGAUUCGUCAUUCUCAUCUACGGAACAUUCCUCUUCAACGACGUUGUCUCCCCACCACCCUUCGCGGGGUGCCGGCGGCCGCCUGUGCCGCAGGAGGAUUUGACGGAGGAGGUUGUGUGAGAGAAGUGUGCACGUUCCUAGUCCGUUUGACGCUUCUCAGCGUUCUCAAAACCUCAUAUCUCGACCCCCGGACGGAACAACUUGAUGGCUUAUAGCUCUGUGUCCCUUAGGGAAGUGUUCGUAGUGCUCUCGCAAUCGCUUUAGGACAGAACCUCCUACGACUCCCCCUAUCGUUUGUAUUUAAAAUAUGCCCCGUUCCCAAUAUACUGUACGGUAUGGCAGCAGCG